UAAAAAGUAUUGUGUAGGCCCACCGUUUAACGAGUCAAGUAAGCCAUGGCUGACGAGUAGCCCGUCCAACGGACAACUGCACCAUCCGUGCCGAGAUCCUAACUUACGAAGAUGUAUUAAACUCGAAGUGUCGAACUUUCCACUAUCAAUCUAUUUAUUACUGGCGGGAAGUGAUAUUGGAAAGAGAGGAAAAGAGAACGGUAGCCAUGGAAGAAGACUCAAUAAAGCUCAACCAAAAACAAGAUGAACAAAUGACUGACAAGAACACGAUGGAAACAAAAUCGGAAGAUAUAGAAGAUGACGAACACGCUUGCAAAGACAAGAUUUUGCAAAAGUAUUUCCUCCAAGAAUGGAAUGUCAUCAAAUCUAUCAUCGAUGACAUCGUUUCUAUUGGUCAUGUCGCCGAUAUUUCUUCCGCUUACAAGAUCCGCACCAUUCUGGACAAGUAUCAACAGGAAGGACAACUUUUGGAGCCUUACCUUGAAAGCAUAGUUUCUCCUUUGAUGUCUAUCAUUCGCACCAAGACAAUUGAUUUAGGGACAGAGUCAGAUGAAAUUCUUGAAGUGGUCAAGCCUAUUUGCAUAAUUAUUUAUACAUUAGUAACUGUUUGUGGAUUCAAAGCUGUUACCAAGUUCUUCCCACAUCAGGUUUCUGAUUUAGAGCUUGCCGUGUCUCUCCUGGAUAAGUGCCACACUACAAAUGCAAUAUCAUCCCUGCGCCAAGAGAGCACUGGAGAAAUGGAGGCAAAAUGUGUUGUUCUAUUAUGGCUAUCCAUUCUUGUUCUGGUUCCAUUUGACAUUUCUUCUGUUGACACAAGUAUUGCUCAAACUUGUCAUUUGAAAGGAGAUGGGCCACCACCUCUGGUACUUAGAAUUUUGGACUUCUCUAAGUACUACCUUUCAAAUGCAGGUCCUAUGCGUACUAUUUCUGCACUGCUACUCUCGAAACUUUUGACACGACCUGAUAUGCUGAAUGCGUUUACCAGCUUCACUGAAUGGACUCAUGAAGUCUUGUCUUCAUCAUUAAAUAGUGUUAUGGACAAUUUCCGCCUGCUUGGUUCCGUGGAAGCUUUGGCUGCCAUUUUCAAGAUUGGUAGCAGAACAAGAUUGCUUGACGUGGUUCCAGCUGUUUGGAAGGAUGUAUCCACAUUAAUGAACUCUAGUGUGGCAGCACAGAGCCCUUUGAUUCGCAAGUAUCUUAUAAAGGUCACUCAGCGUUUAGGUCUUGUUUGCCUUCCAUAUCGUUCUCCAUCUUGGCACUAUAAGGGUAGAGUUGCAUGUUUGGGGCAAGAUCUUUUAGGCUGUAAAAAUACAGAUCGCUGCUGUCAUGGUGUUGACAUGAAAUCAUCCGGCAUAAACCAAAGCAUAAGCAGUGAAGAAGAUGAAGACAUGGAGGUUCCAAAUCUUGUGGAACAAAUUAUUGAAGUGCUGUUGACUGGCUUGAAAGAUACUGACACUGUUGUUCGUUGGUCUGCAGCCAAAGGUAUUGGCCGGGUGACUUCGCGUCUCACAUUGUCCCUCUCUGAUGAAGUUCUCUCAUCUGUGUUAGAGUUAUUUUCACCACGUGAGGGAGAUGGUUCAUGGCAUGGAGGUUGCCUUGCCUUGGCUGAACUUGCUCGUAGGGGAUUGCUAUUGCCAGUUAGUCUUCCAAAAGUUGUUAAUGUCGUUGCAAAGGCGUUACAUUAUGAAGUUCGGAGGGGUCCACACAGUGUUGGAGCGCAUGUACGUGAUGCUGCUGCUUAUGUUUGCUGGGCAUUUGGUCGUUCAUAUUAUCAUACUGACAUGAGAAGUAUCCUAGAACAACUUGCCCCUCAUCUUUUGACAAUUGCUUGUUAUGACCGUGAGGUUAAUUGUAGACGAGCAGCAGCAGCAGCCUUUCAGGAAAAUGUUGGAAGACAAGGAAAUUAUCCGCAUGGUAUUGACAUUGUGAACACUGCAGAUUACUUUGCUCUUUCUUCACGUGAAAACUCAUAUCUUAAUGUGGCUGUCAGAAUUGCCAAGUAUGAGGGGUAUCUAUACUCUUUUGUGGAUGAACUCCUGUCUAGCAAAAUGUGUCACUGGGAUAAAGGCUUAAGAGAACUUGCUGCGAAAGCCCUUUCUGCCCUUGUGAAUUAUGAUCCUGAGUAUUAUGCAAAUAUUGUUCUGGAUAAGAUAAUACCGAGCACUCUUUCAGCUGAUUUGUAUAUGCGUCAUGGUGCAACAUUAGCUGCUGGUGAAGUCGUUUUGGCACUACAUAAACGCAAUUAUAGCCUGUCUUCGGAUAAGCAGAAACAAGUUGCUGGCCUUGUUCCUGCUAUUGAGAAAGCACGCCUAUAUCGUGGCAAGGGAGGAGAAAUAAUGCGUGCAGCUGUUUCUCGGUUUAUUGAGUGCUCCUCUAUAGCUCAUAUAUCAUUACCGAACAAAAUAAGACUAAGUUUACUUGACACACUUGAUGAGAACCUAAGGCAUCCAAAUUCCCAAAUACAGAUAACUGCUGUUGAUGCCCUGAAACACUUCGUUCCAGCAUACCUCCAAGCGACAGAUGGUACAGGUCUGUCUGAUAUAACAUCUAAGUAUGUUGAGCAACUAAGUGAUUCUAAUGUGGCAGUAAGAAGAGGCUCUGCGUUGGUACUUGGUAUUUUGCCUUAUGAAUUUCUUGCUAAAGGAUGGAAGGAUGUACUCUCAAAGCUUGCUAAGUCAUGUGAAAUUGAAGAAAAUCCUGAAGAUCGGGAUGCUGAAGCCCGGGUAAAUGCUGUUAAAAGUCUUGCCGCUGUGUGUGAAAUUUUGACUGCUUCAAGAACCAGUACGUCUCUGCAAUUUUGGGUGGAUGACAUGCCCCUUUUUCUCCUCAUUAAAAAUGAGGUUAUGAGGAGCUUAUUCAAAGCCCUUGAUGAUUAUUCUGUGGACAACAGAGGCGAUGUUGGUUCUUGGGUUCGUGAGGCUGCUAUGGAUGCCCUUGAGAGAUGUACUUAUAUACUUUGUAGAAGAGAUGCUAUACAUUCUGAAAAAGGAAUAAAAGAAUUUUCACAAGUCUUGAAACAUGAUGUAAGCCAAAAUAACCAGGUGAACUCAUUAUUUACUGAAGAAAUGGCUGUCAAUUUAGUGGAAGGAAUUGUUAAACAAGCUGUAGAAAAAAUGGAUAAGCUAAGAGAAAUUGCUGCCAAGGUUCUUCAAAGGAUUCUUUACAACAAAACUAUAUAUGUCCCCUUCAUACCUUACAGGGAAAAGUUGGAAGGAAUUAUACCUAAAGAUACAGAUUUGAAGUGGGGGGUACCUACACUGUCAUAUCCUCGUUUUAUACAGUUACUUGAGAUUAGUUGUUACAGCAGAUCUUUGCUUUCUGGACUGGUUAUAGCAAUUGGUGGGUUACAAGAAUCUCUUGGAAAAGCAUCACUUGCAGCUUUAUUAGAUUAUCUGCGAGCGAAUAAAACUGAAAGGCUUGAGGAUAGAGUUUCUCGGGAACUCAAUUUAUCCACAGUUAUACUUUGGGUCCUGCAGAAAUAUAAAAAAUGUGAUAGAGUUAUCAUACCUACUAUGAAGACUAUGGACAUUCUAUUCAGUAAGAAGUUUUUCCUAAGCAUGGAGGCUCAUACAGCAGCUUUCUGUGAAGGAGUGUUGGAUUCAAUUAAAGUGGAGUUGCGGGUUUGCAGAGACUUCUCAAAGUUGUCUUCAGGAAUUUCUAUACUUGGUUAUAUUGCUUCCAUUUCUGAACCAAUCAACGUUCAAGCCUUUGCCCAUUUGCUCUCUUUCCUUGGGCAUCGAUAUCCUAAGAUUAGGAAAACAGCAGCUGAACAAUUAUACCUCGUCCUACUACAAAAUGUAAAUCUGGUAACUAAAAACCAGCUGGAGAAAGCUGUUGAAAUUGUUUCUGAAACUUGUUGGGAAGGUGAUAUAGAAGAAGCAUCACGACGAAGAUUACUACUAUAUGAAGUAGCUGGUUUGGAUCCUGAAAUGUAUAUCAAAGCCAGCUCUGGUGUGCCGAAGAGGGUGAUACAGCAAAAACAGGAUGAAAAUUCAUCUUAUUCAGCGUUAGUUGAAUCAACCGGAUUUUAGGUGUUCACGUUUUAUUUAUGUCGUCAAUUGUGUUCAUGUUGUAGUUAUAUUUUAGAUUCCCACCCCUGAUUUGGCUUUUGUAAGAGAAAAGAUGUGUUUCUUUUGUUUUGGAAUGUUGUAUACAUAAGUUUGUUCUCUCAAUGCUCUGGAAAUGGUCUCAACUCAAACUAAUCGACUCAGCUACACUCUAGCCUUAAAAUGGACGUAAGAAAGGACUUAGGUUAGACUUAGGUUAGGAUCCUGAGCUUUGAAAUCCAAUAAUCCAGAAAGAACAAGCUGGUCAUCGAAAUCCAAAAAUAAGCUUUUUUAUAAAAAAAUUCCUAAAAUAAGCUUCGGGAAAUUUUAGUAAAAUAAGUGUCUCAUGUAUGAGCCUUAUGUCUGGUUUGUUCGAUUUUUCUAAUAGCGGAAAAAAGAAAAAAAAAUUACAUUGACUUUUUUCGUUGUUAUUAACACUGAACAAGGGAAAAAAAAUAGGAAAAUUAUCAACGACACACCUGAGUUU